UCUCAGGUGAUUAUGUUCUCUCAAGCCAAAAGUUUACCUGGCAUGCUGCAAAAGGUAGAGGCAACUUUGCAACUCCCAACAUAAAUAUUAUUGAUUCAUUGGUUACUGUAGACAUACCAAAUAACUUCAAAAAGGAAGAAGCAUGGGUUGGUUAUUAUUCGAAGGAAACUGCGUUUGCGUACAUUGGAUGUUGGUUGAUCAAGAAUGUGAAUCCAAAGGCUUUGUUUUCUCAGUCGAACAACAACCCGGGCAUUUGCUUCUCAGUGUGCAAAAAAUACAAUCAUAAUUAUAUUGGCUUAAACGGAGGCAAGUGCUUUUGUAUGCAAGAAAAACCUAAGAACAUAAAUCUGCCAGAAUGUGAUAUUUCGCCAGAUGGUAUUUUUGUAAAAGGUGGAGGACAUAAAGCUGAUAAGUAUAUGUCAAUAUACGAAAGGAUAAAAACAGAUAUACAUGCUACAAACCAUAGCGGACAAAAUGGUGGCAAAUGUCUUUCAUUUAUGAGACAACCGACGAUAGAAUACCAGUGGAGUGCAUGCCUCGAUUUCAAUCAGAUUUUAUGUGCAAAAAAUUUGAAUCAGCAUGCUGAAAAUCAGAGUAUGCAACGUAAUGGAUGGAGGCAUUAUGUUCAAACUUGUUUUGAACAUAAUUGCCUUCCAAUCACAUAAAACGACACGAUGAGUUCAAUAGUGGACCAGUUUGUU